CAGGGCUCCUCGCGCCCCGCUGCCGGCGUGCUGUCCCCUCUCGAGCGCUCCCCUCUCACUCUCCGGACGCGCUGGACCCGGACACUUGUUCCGCUCCUGCUCCAGACCAAGACGGACAGUAGGGGCUGAAUACGCAGAAGGGAAGUCACUGGGAUGCGUAUGGCUGGAUGACAUGAUGUACCCGCCCUCCUCCCUACCCCCAUCCUCGCCCUCCUCCAACUCUCUUCUCCCUCUCCUCCUUCACCUCCUCUUCUUCUUCUACCCCUCCUCGCUUGUCUCCUCCUCUCCUCCUCACGUGCCCUUGAGCUGGACCUCUUCCCACAACCCCUGCUACCACAGCGACGCCCGCCCUCGCCACUGCCUCUCUGAGUUCAUCAACGCGGCGUAUGGCGUUCCCGUGGACGCCACUCGCUCCGGACGCAAUUUCGACAAUAACAUCACCUCUCUGACGGAUCUGCAUAACCCCCAUAACCUGACCUGCUGGGUGGCACCGCAAGGCCCAGACGCAAAAGAGUGGGUGCUGACGCUUCCACUAGGGCGGCGCUUUGAGAUCACGUACAUCAGUUUGCAGUUCUGCCAGCAGGGGGAGCCGUCUGAUCCCAUUUCUAUCUCCAUACUAAAAUCUAUGGACUUUGGGCGUACAUGGAGACCUAUGCAGCAUUACUCCAGUGACUGUCUAACUGAUUUCAACCUGCCUUCUCAAACAUCUGCUCAAACCAGGCACCAGGAAACAGAGCCCCUUUGCUCGGACCCCAGACCCCUCCAGAAGCAAAGAGGAGGGAUGGUUCUGGCUUUUUCCACUUUAGAUGGUCGUCCGUCCUCUCCUGACUUUGACUAUAGCCCCACUCUCCAAGACUGGGUCACAGCUACAGACAUAAGGAUUGUCUUUCACAAAGUAACCAGAGAGGAGAAAGGGAGCAGUUUUGAAAUUGGCAAAGCCCCGCCCCCUCCGCGGUGGCAUGACGUAGACGACAACAGACGGACUGGAGUUUUGACAUGGAGACCAGGGUUUAAUCAGAUGAAUGUAGAAAAUACGCUGGUGUUUUUCGACACGGAUGCAAAAAACUCAGAGGUUCAGCCCAGAAAUAAAGAGAAACACGGGAGGAAAGGUCAGGAUAAAGAGGGCCAUAAUGUGACCAGCAAAGAAAACAGAGACCCGUUUGAUCUGGAUUUGCACACAUCACCAAAGCGAGGGAAGGGAAAAGGACGAGGCCGCAAGAAGGACAGCGGCCUUUGCCCCAACAAGGACUGUGAUUGGAUGGUGGAGGGACGGGGGCGGGGCAACAAGGGACGUGAGCUCAGAAAGAGACGAAACAAUAACAUCAACAGAUCCAGCGUCAGACACCUACAGAUGGCUCCACUCUCCACUGAGCCUGUCCGGACCCUGGCCCUGUCUGACCUACAGGUGGGCGGCAGGUGUAAGUGCAACGGCCACGCCUCCAAGUGUCGCCGUGAUGACAAUGGGCGGGCGGUGUGCGUUUGUGAGCACCAUACAGCAGGACCAGAUUGUGACGUGUGUGAGGACUUCUACUACGACAGACCAUGGCACCGAGCCACGCCCACCAACCCCAACCCCUGUGUUGCGUGUGAGUGUAACGGUCACUCAAACAAAUGUCGCUUCAGUAUGGAGGUGUUCCAGCAGUCGGGGAGGAAGAGUGGAGGAGUCUGUCAGAAGUGCAGGCACCACACAGCCGGGCGCCACUGCCAGUACUGCCAGAACGGGUACACACGGGACCACACCAAACCCCUCACCCACCGCAGGGUCUGCCAGCCGUGCCAGUGCCAUCCUCUGGGCGCCGUGGGCAGGUGGUGUAAUCAGACUUCGGGGCAGUGUCUUUGUCGAGAGGGCGUGGCCGGGCUCAGGUGUAACCGCUGUGCCCCUGGAUACAAACAGGGCAAGUCCCCCCUGAGACCCUGUGUCAGGGUCCUGGAGGUCGCCCCCACGCCCAUGUACCAGUCCCAGUACAGCAUAGCUGAAGAGUGCGUGUCAUACUGCCAGCCUGCCCAACAUAAAGUCCGAAUGAAUCUGGAAACCUAUUGUCUCAAGGAUUAUGUUCUGAAGGUGCAUGUGAAGGGGAUGGAGCGCUCUGGACCCUGGUGGCAGUUCUUCAUCUCUGUACAGACGGUAUUUCGCGCAGGGUCUACCUCUCGCGUGCGCAGGGGCUCCCAAUCUCUGUGGGUCCCGGAUCGAGACUUGAGCUGCGGUUGCCCCGGGCUUCACGUGGGACGGACGUUUCUCUUGAUCGGGGCGGAGGAGGGGGAGAGGGGCUGGGGGCCUGAAGAGAGGAGGCUGGUGGCGGAUCGUUCCACUCUGGCUCUGCAAUGGAGAGAGCACUGGAGCCCCAAACUCAGAGGCUUCAGGGGCCAGGACAAGAGGGGGCGCUGUCCUCCCAAAUCGGCCAUUGGUCAGCCCCAUAUUGAGCAAAGAAAGGCAGAGUAUAUCCCCCCUCACCUGCUCACGGACUCACAGACUGAAACAGACGUCAAACAGAGCUCUACACAGAUGCCCAUCCCCUCCUCGCAUACGCUGGUCUGCUCCACAAAAGCGCCCUCAUAGCACUAACCCAUAAUACUUUGCUCCUCACACACUCAGAGGGCACGUCUCAUUUCUCUAUCCUCGCUUCCCUCUCCUUCAUUCCUCUCCUUGAUCCUUCGUUUGUCAGCUGUCAAUCAAAUGUUACAUACUAAGUGGUAUCCAACAUAAAACCACGGAAUGAAGGCGUAAACAUGAGGGAGGCGUCAGGAGGCAGAUGUCAGAUAAAAUUAUCAAACUUUAUUGGUCUAAGUGAGGAGUUUAUGGCUCAUUUCUCUUUGGUCGCUUCCUUCUCCUUGAUUGCUCUCCUUGAUUCUGCAAGAAAUGGGUGAGGAAUUCGCACCCACAGAGGAGACACAGCAAGGAGAGAGGAGCAGAGGAGAGAGGAGACAGUCUUUCCACAGGCGCUGGUUCUGACCAAAAUAACCCUUUAGGGAGGACUAUACUGAGGCUUAUUUAAUAUUAUUAUUUCAGGACUUUUAUAUCAAAGUCAGACCGGCAUCGUUGCUUUCAGAUGAAGAUGUUUGAACGUACUGUACGUUUUCAUUAGUUUUAAUAUAAAAUUUUGAAUUGUUCAAAUCAGACAUCAUUUGGUGCUGUUCCUUUAAAUUAUUGUAAAAGUACAAACUCAAAAACAGUUUUAUUAUUUGAUGUGAUGUCUGCUUCCUGAUCCUUCCUCAUGUUUACUCUUUGGUUUCCUUUCCUUGUCUCCUUGGAGCUUUGGGACACCACUUAAUAUGGUGUAUUUGAUUGACAGCUGAAAAAUAGAGGAUGGAGGAAAGGAAUGAAGGAGAAGAAGUGAGGAAAGAGAAAUGAGCUGUGGCCCAAGACAAUGGAGCAGCAGAGUAAACACAUGACCUGAAUGUGAUGAAACAUGCCUUUAUUUCUAAGGUGCAAUAACAGAUUUUGCAGCAAUGCAAAAUCAACCUAUAGAUUUGUUUUUAAUAUUUGUCCAGAACAAAAUAUAUAAUUUAAACUGUAAAAUUAUAUUACUAUAAAGUAAAUCAUAAUUAUAAAUUCAUUAGAAUGCUAUAAUGUUGUACUUCCUCAAAAACAUACCUGGAGAUGUGCUUUGUUUCAUUCACACACAUUUGAGAAACUCUUUAUUAGUCUGUCUUCAUCUCCAAAGCUCUAAAUGCUCUGCUGCACCUUGUGAUGUCAUGAAGUGGUACUUUUCAAGUUAACAGCUACAUUUGAUCUUUUGUCCAGUAGAAAUUGUCAAUUCCAAGGCUGAAAUCAUCCAGAUGAUUCUGGUGAAGGUAUAUGGAGUUUAAAAAUACAGUGGAGCACUUCCUGUAUUACCACAUGACAUCACAAGAUGGAACAGAGUUUUCUGUUUAAGAGAAGAACUCAGCCUAAAUAUGCAGCAUUUGUGUGUUAAACAUGUGUGAAUGAAACAAAACACAACUCCAGGUAUGUUUGUGAUGAGGAAAUAACAUUAUAAUCGAUCAGAAAAUAAUGUAAUAGGGCCCCUUUAAACAAACAGAUUAGUUGUGCCAAAUAAUAUUAUAAUAUAUGAACUUUUUGAUGCUCCACCUAAUGUUAUUUGUGUAAACUGAUCUCCACAGACAGUAGGGCCUGGCUGUCUGAGCGGUUAAGAAUUCUCCGAUACAGAUCUAAAAAGCUCCAGUCCAAGCUCUGUUUCCAUUUGUCCGAAGUGCCGUCACUGCCCAGGGGAACCCGGGCAGCAUUAAACCAGAUGCCCCGCUCCUAUGUGUGCAGCGGCCAUUUUGUUUGGGUCUUUGCGCAGACUGUGAUUGGCUGAGCGGAAACCUGAGAGUGAAAAUAAAGAGGGGAAAAUAGAGCUGGUGACGGAUGGGGCUCUCAUGAGACUGGACAUCGUUUGCUCAGGAUCUGUGUUUCUAUCCACACAAAGGACUAGAUGACCUACAGAGACUUUAUACUAUAUUUGUUUAUAAUGGUUUUGUGAUCUAUUUAU